AUGUUGCAAGGUCAUGCAAAUGAGGACUGUCGUGUAUUGCAUCCUGAACUGGUGGCAGACAUAAACGAGGAUGCAAAGAAAGAGGAGAAGGAGCAUGAGAAGGGGGAUGUUGUUACUUAUCCUGGAAUCAAUGACAAAGGAAAAAACAAAACUAAGAUUCCUGAUGAGGCUGGGAACAAGAGUGUUCUUGCCCCUGAAAGAGCAGUUUCUACAUAUAAUAAUUUUGAUGUGUUAGAAAAAAUCAUAGAAGGAGAAGUCAAUAACAGUGUAAAGGAUCAGGGAGCAGAUGACAAGGUCAAGGAGGUAGAAAAGGUCAAUGAUAGAGAAGAUACCAUAAAAAAUACAGAAAGGAAAAUGGAUUCAAAUGGUGAACAAGCAGGGCAAACAACAAAAGAUGUGUAUGAAAGUGUGGGAGAGAUGGUUGAUGAGGGUGUCAUUGCUGUUGAGGAAGAUGAUCCUAACAAGAAUUUAGAAGACAGAAGUGCAAGUGUGGGGUACAUUAUUGAUGAAGGUGUCAUUGCUGUUGAGGAAAAUGAUCCUGACAACAAUUUAGAGGACAUACGUGCAAGUGUGGGAAAAAUGAUUGAUGAGGGUGUCAUUGCUGUUGAAGAAAAUGAUCCUGGAAAAAAGUUAGAGGACAGAGGUGCAAGAAGGAGAUUAGGUAUUAGAUAUGCUCAUUACAACUGCAAUGGUAAAAUAUGGUUAUUUGUAAAUGAUAAUGUGGAUGUGGAGAUCCUGCAGGACCUAGAACAACAGAUUACUAUAAAGUUGCUUUUCCAAGAUUGGAAUAAGUCACUUAUGGUAACUAUGGUCUAUGCAAAGUGUGAUCAUCUGGAAAGAAUCAGUUUAUGGGAUAGUCUGUAUAGUUUGGCUGAUCAAAUGGAAUUGCCUUGGUUGGUAGGGGGUGAUUUUAAUGUCAUUAUGAAUGAAGAUGAGAAGAUUGGUGGUUUACCUGUAUCUCCAGAUGAAUAUGGGGAUUUUGCAUUUUGUAGUGACUAUAUUUUCAAGAGAUUGGAUAGGAUAAUUGCAAACUCUAAAUUACAAGAUUGGUUUGCACAUAUGGAGGUGCAACAUUUAUCUAGAACUGGCUCAUACCAUGCCCUUUUACUACUUACUUGUGGUGAAUCUUCACAGCACAUAAGGAAGCCUUUCAGAUUUCUAAAAUUCUGGAUAGAACAUGAAUCUUUUUUAGAGGUGGUUAAUCAGGCAUGGAUCACAUAUUUUAAAGGGGAUGAUUUUAUCAGAUUUAAGCUGAAAUUGAAGAAUGUGAAAUCUGCUUUAUCUGCUUGGAGUAAGGAAACUUUCAGUGAUAUUUUCAAGCAACUGGAAGUAAGGGAAGAGGUGGUGAGGAUUAAAGAACAAUGUUUUGAAGAGGAUCCUACUCCAAUGAACAGGAUGGUGCUACAGCAAGCACAAAGAGCAUUGAAAAAAUAUGUUCAUUAUGAGGAAGAAUUUUGGAGACAAAAGUCACAUAUGACUAGUUUUACUGAGGGAGACAGGAAUACAAGGUACUUUCGUAGUAUUGUGAAUGGUAGGAGAAAGAGAUUGCAGAUCAAAAGAAUUCAGAAUCAGCAAGGAGUAUGGAUAGAAGGGGAGUCACUUUUGGCAGAAAAAGCUUAUAGAUUUUACCAACAACAGUUCUCUCAAGAGGUUGAUCAUUAG